AUGAGUAAACAUCAAAUUAGCAGGGCACUUGGCCUGGCCGGCCUGGCGCUAUGUGCCAUCCUCUUCAUGAAGACCGGAGAACCUCAGGGUCAGCUGAUGGGAAUUGACGUCUCUACAUGGAGGGACGCGGUGUUGCAAGUGGCUCCAGUGCGCGUUGAUAUUUUCAUCAUAUCCUGCGUUUUCCUCCUCAUUGUGACUUCCUCGUACAAGUUGUUAUUCAGCCCACUAGAGCUACUCAAGUCAUCAGAGGAUGUUGGCUACAUCGCGGACGACGGACGCUCAAAAGCGCGGGCGGCUAACGAAGUGCGCCGACGCAAGAAAACCGGAGACCUGCCCCCGAUCUACCCAAAUGGCUGGUUCCGAGUUCUUGAUUCACACAUGCUGAAGAUAGGUGAAGUCAGAGAUGUCACCGUGGUUGGAGUAAAUUUGGCAGUGUUUCGAGGAGAGGAUGGGAAGGCCCAUGUAUUAGAUGCCUAUUGCCCACACUUAGGUGCCAACCUUGCUGUAGGAGGACGUGUGGUGGGAAGCUGCAUUGAAUGUCCAUUCCAUGGAUGGCAGUUUCAGGGGGACAGUGGAAAAUGUGAGAAUAUUCCAUAUGCUGAAAAAGUGCCAGAUUUUGCCAAGGUGGACGUCUGGCACAGCUGUGAAGUUAAUGGUCAGAUCUUGGUUUGGUUUCACUGUGAUGGAGAAGAGCCUCAAUGGACUGUGCCAGAGCAGGAGGAGAUUACCAAAGGAGAGUGGGUCUAUCGAGGAAGAACAGAACAUUACGUCAAUGCUCAUAUAGAGGAGAUUCCUGAAAAUGCUGCAGACCUCUCUCACCUGACCUACUUGCACACUCCAGGCAUUGUCAGCGGAGUCGAUCUGCGCUACACAAAAAACAAAACCUGGCAGUUUGUGCAACAUCAUUGGAAAGCUCAGUGGGCCUCAGAGUCCUCUCCAUUCAAUCAUUGUUCUCAGAUGUUGCUGAAGCAUUCCUUACAUGUGUUUGGAAUACAUUGGCCUUUGCUUGAUCUCCAUGUUGUUGCUAGACAGGUAGGGCCAGGACUGGUGUUUCUACGUUUUGACCACAGUUUUUUAGGAAGUGGAAUGAUCAUGCAAAGUGUGACACCAGUGGAGCCUCUAUUGCAGUGUGUCUCUCACACAAUCUUCUAUCAGUCAAAUAUUCCAGCUUUUGUGCCUAAAUUUAUCUUGAAAGGAGAAUCCAUCCAGUUUGAGCGGGACGUGAUGAUCUGGAACAAUAAAACGUACAUCUCGAAGCCUCUCCUUGUGAAGGAAGAUUCAACUAUCCGGAAACACAGACGCUGGUACAGUCAGUUUUACAGUGAAAACAGUCCUCGGUUCCAAUACCAGCGCGAUACUCUAGAAUUUUGA